GGGGGCCGGCGGGGCGGGGCCACCAGCGGGCUGAGGGGGCGACAAGAUGGCGGCGGAGACUGUGGAGCUCCAUAAGCUGAAGUUGGCGGAGCUGAAGCAGGAGUGCCUGGCCCGGGGUCUGGAAGCCAAAGGCAACAAGCAGGAUCUGAUCAACAGGCUGCAGGCUUACUUGGAGGAGCACGCCGAAGAAGAAGCAAAUGAAGAAGAUGUGCUGGGAGAAGAAAUAGAGGAAGAAGAGCCGAAGCCUGUAGAGCCGCCUGUCAAAGUGGAAGAGCCUCCUGCCAAGUCUCCUGAUGUGAUUACAGAAAAGAAGGUUGUGAAAAUAACGUCGGAGAUAUCGCAGAUGGAGCGAAUGCAGAAGAGAGCUGAGCGCUUCAACGUCCCCGUGAGCCUGGAGAGCAAGAAGGCAGCGCGGGCAGCCCGGUUCGGUUUGGCCACAGUUUCAACUAAAGGUCUCUCUGCAGACAGCAAACCCAUGGUAAACAUGGAUAAAUUAAAGGAAAGGGCUCAGAGAUUUGGGUUGAACGUCUCCUCACUCUCCAAGAAGAGCGAAGAAGACGAGAAACUGAAGAAGAGGAAGGAGCGAUUUGGCAUCGUAACGAGUUCAGCGGGGUCUGGAGCUACAGAGGACACAGAGGCAAAGAAGAGGAAAAGAGCAGAACGCUUUGGGAUCGUCUGAGGCCCGUCCCUCCUGGCUCCAGCCCGUUUGCAGUGUGCCUCUCGCGUGCGUGCAUACUCCUCCCUCUUCCCCCCAGUUUCCCUCCCUCCCACACUGUUUCUAGGUUGUAGUGACGAGUAGACAGGGAUUCCCCCCAUAGCUGUAUGAUUGUGCUACUUAUUGUUUUUUUUUUCAAGUUAUGAAGUUUUAAGAUUGAAGAGAAGUUGAGCCAAAAGAAAGAUCUGCUCUGGGUGCGUGGCAGCGGCUCGUGCCAGAGGAGCCAGAGGCGGGGGGGGGUUGGAGACAGUCCUGGUGCUCGCUGGCACUGCUGCAGCACACAGGCAGGGGACAGCUAAGCUCUGCCCUGUGGUGAGGGGGCAGGUGGAGCAGCAUCUGCCUUGUGGCAAGGAAGGGAAAGGAGUGGAGGUGGAGCAGGGUUUGCACUGCCCCGACUCGUUGAUUUCUAUCUGCUUGACAGACUCCUGCUGUGCGGCUGAGGGUUGAAGCCACAAUGUCCAUUUGCUGGUUCAGCCCUCUCCUCCUCCUUCACCCUGUGAGAACUGGCCUGAGGUUCAACUGUGUCCUGGUCUCUUCCCAGCAGCUGGGACGGGCACACACCUGGGCAUGGCUCCUGCUCUGGCUCUGCCAUCACACCACAACUUAUCCAGGGCCGAGGGGCUCAGUGCCAGGGAAGGGUUUUCUCAAUUCUUGUGUCUCAUGUUUGCAAAGCUGGACACUGUAUGUGUGAUAGCUGACACGUAGGGCAGCUUCCCCACUGCCUCCCUUCCCAGAUCAGAGCAGCAAUUGCCAGUUAACCCCUGAUCAGGACUGGUGUCUGAGCACAGGAGGAAGAUGUAGCGAUGUGUUGGCAGUGUCCUGCCUCCUGCCAUGCUGAGCUCAAUGUGGCUCGUGACGUGUCUCCCCACGUCCUGGGCUCCUCUGAGGUCAGUGAUACGUUUCUCUACUUAAAGCCAAACCAGCAGUGUCCUCUGUGUGGAUUUUCAGGUGGCUGAAAUUCUUCUCUUGUCUGAAGGCUGAUGUCCCAGGAGUCUCAUUUCUGACCGAAACCUCUUGCUGGGGAGAUGUUUGCCUUGCCCGUGCUCAGUUCCCUAAGAUGACAGAGAACAACGGGGGUGUACAAGUUGAGCUUUUCAGAGGCUUACACCUGGUUCUUAUAAGCAAUAUAUAUAUAUUUUUUAACUUGGAAGUCUUCAAACAGCUUAUGUUCAUUCCUGCUGCAGUCUGACUGCGUCUGUGUGCUCUCAGUGUCUCGAAGCAAUACCUUGAACGUUUGUUCACUUCCCACAGGGCAGCUCAAAGGCCCAGGGGCCAGGUCGCAGUCUGUAUCUUGGGUUGUCGGUGGCCUGGUGACUCGGAGCUCCCUGCUCCUCCCUGUGUUCACAGAGUAACGUUAUCCUGGGUUAUGUUUUUUGUACGUUGGAUUUUGUACGAUGUAUUUUCUAUUUGGCUCAUGAUCCUUUUGCUGGUUAUUUGCUUGAAAUGUUUUGUAGUGUGCCAGGGCAAACGCUGCAUUUCAUCUCGAUUUCAUAAUAAAAGUGCUUCUCCCAGGC